GCAGCCCCGACGUGGACAUCGUAUGGAUACUGGCUCCGGUACUAUCGUCAUCGUGUCAUUCGUUUAUGGCCAGCUUACAUCUACGUACUGGUGGAUGUUGGCAUGCGGGCCUCAAUCCAGCAUUUCCAUCCCAUGUGGCCACCCACCGAUCCUGCUGUGCAAUGUCCCAAGCAUUGGUGGGAGAAUGUUCUCUUCGUGAACAGUCUACUCGAGAAUCGUUGCAUGCCUUGGACAUGGUAUAUUGGUACGGAGUUCAUUUAUUAUCUUUUAUCACCAAUAUUUUUGUUGUCACUGCAUAAAUCGCCUCGAAUGGGUUUUGCUCUAUCGCUCGUAACAAUAGUGCUAUCUAGUAUUUUCAACGUUGUUGGUAUGAUACAUUGGAAUUUUCCUCCAACACAACUACUCUGGAAGCAGCCCAAAAUAUUUAGUGCUGAUUUUAUUAAGGUAAUCUUUAAAGUUGCUGUUAUGAAUCUGCCAGCUUUUUUCAGAAAGUCCAUUGAUUUUCUCGAGAAUGGACCAUACGAUAGCUAG